CGUUAUGUUCUACCAUGCCCCGUCAAUCGAUUUGGUUAGAACGCCUUUCUUCCUCGUUUUUUUGGUCAACCGGUUUGACUUUCGAACAUCGGACACCUUUCACGUGUCGUUCUGCUAUAUUUGGCGGCUGACUUUUCGAAAAUGCCUUUCGAAUGCUGGUGAAAUUGCACUUCUUGUCUUCAUUAGUUUUGCGCGUGUCGAUCGGUGCAGUGGUUUUAGCGGUGCAUCUCGAGGGCUCUUUUUUCAUCAUGUUUAUGAAAUUUAUUCUGCUCGUCUUCAUCGGACUACUGCACAGCAGUGCUGCAUAUCCGCCGGAUACCGAUUCUCCAGAAAUACCUCACUACAUAGAAACUCACCUGCAGUCAACAUGGCGCCAGCGCAGGUGCAUAAUGACGACCUCGACAUCAACCAUUUACCAGGGAGAGUUCACCGUUACACCUACGACGACCGUCACAUCUACGAUCACUUCCACAAUACCCGUGAUUGUAACAUCAACCAGCACAGUUACGGACACAAUAACGCCUCCCGUUUUCACAAGCACCGGCACAAUCACUCCCACCGUUACGGUAACUCCGAUCCCGUCAACGGCGACCUCAACACUGACCGCAACGGUUACGACCACUUCAACGUCUACGCCUGCGUUGGUUCUUGAAACGAUAACAUCUUCCGUUACCGAAACGACAACGCUGUUUUCGACCACAACUUUAACCACAUAUCCGGCCACAAACACAGUGUACAUCACGUCGACCAUUCUGGCCACAGCAACUUCGACUGUCACGAUUCCGGCAGCCGCCUUUCUCCGUACUGCUGGAUUCGCGGACAAGCUGCGGAUCAAACCGACCAAAACCAAGCGCAACCCGGGUCAUACAAAAACUUCAAUUAUUGAGAGCUUUUUGAACUGAAAAGCUUUGCAUUUACUUGAUUGCAUAAAUUCCAAUAA